AUGAACCGCUCCCCCAUUCCGCCCGGCGUCAAGCGCGGUCUGCAGAACCGCCAUCUCUCCAUGAUGGCGUUGGCGGGCAUCAUCGGGCCGGGGUUACUGGUGGGAUCCGGAGGUGCUCUGGCCAGCGGCGGCCCGGCAUCGCUGAUCAUCGGAUUCGGAGUCAUCGGGAUUGUGGCGUUCAGUAUCAUGCAGAGCCUAGGGGAGUUGACGACGUUGUAUCCGGCGGGAGGGUCGUUCAUCGGGCUGGGGGAGAGGGUUGUGGAUCGCGGGUUCUCGGCGGCGGUGGGAUGGAACUACUUCAUCAUCUGGGCGGCCGUCCUGGCCAACGAGUACAACGUCAUCUCGAGCAUUUUCGUCUUCUGGAGCGACAAGGUCCCCUUGUGGGGCUAUUUCCUCAUCUUCUGGUUUGCGUUCCUCGGAUUCCAAUUGCUCGGCGUCGAGGCCUUCGGUGAAGCCGAAUUCUGGCUCGCACUGAUCAAGCUCCUCGGUCUCACCGCAUAUUUCAUCUUCGCGAUCGUCUACGCCGCGGGAGGUCUUGUCGGUCAGCAAGAGGCGCUUGGAUUCCAGUACUGGCGCGACCCGGGCCCGUUCAACGGGAAAGGCGUCUCGGGCGUGUUCACCGUCUUUGUCUUUUGCAGCACUUUCUACGCCGGCGUGGAGUCGGUCGCGGUUGCUGCGGCGGAGACGCGGAAUCCGGGCGUGGCGGUCCCGCAGGCUAUCCGGCAAGUCUUUUGGCGGAUCAUUUUCGUAUACAUGGGCUCGGCUUUCUUCUUUGGCCUCACAUGUCCGGCCAAUUCGGCCGAUCUGAUCAACGGCGGGAGCCGAGUACUCAAGAGUCCGAUGACCAUUGCUAUUCAGAAUGCUGGAUGGCAAGGCGGUGUGCAUCUGAUCAAUGCUUUCAUUUUCAUCACUUGCCUGAGCGCUGUGAACAGUUCAAUCUACAUCGGUUCGCGCACUGUCUUGUUCCUCGCACAAGGAGGAAAAGCACCUCGCUUUCUCGGCUGGACGUCAUCGCACGGCGUGCCGAUUCCUGCUAUAUUGCUCACCAACCUCAUCGCAUGCAUCGCGUUGUUGAAUGUCAGCACUGGAGCCAGCAAGGCCUAUGGGUACAUUGUCAACCUCUCAGGCGUGAGCACCUUCAUCGUCUGGGCCUCCAUCUCCUUCAUGCACAUCCGGUUCCGCCAAGCCUGGAAAACACAAGGCCGGACGACCAGCGAACUUCCCUUCCGCGCAUUAUGGUAUCCCUACAACGCAUACUUCGGACUCGCCGCCAACAUCAUCCUCGCGCUGGUGCAAGGCUGGACGACACUGAGUCCCUUUGACGCGGGAAAUUUCGUCGAUGCGUAUAUCCUAUUACCAAUCUUCCCGCUGAUCUGGAUCCUCUUCAAGGUCUUCGGCAAAUCGCAUAUCAAGCGACUGGACGAGAUUGAUCUAGACGAAGGUAGAAGAGCGGAUUUGGAUGUUGCUAAGCAUGUUGUCGUGGACGAUUCUACGGGCGCUCGGAAGAAUAAUGCGACUUGGACGCAGCAGUUGCUGAGGAGUAUAUAGAGCAAAUUGGAGUUGGCAAUGAGAAUUAUGUGCUUUAAUUCCGCCGAUGCGGUGAUCACUGUUCCAGCUAGACCCGAUGUGGAAAUUAAUG